UUAAGGUGCGCUGAAGGCACGUUUCGCGUGCAAAACAUUUACGGCGAUGGUAAUUGCAUGUUUCGGGCGAUUAGCUACAUUUUAUGGCAAAACGAGGACGAACAUCGGUAUCUGCGAUCAAUGGUUGUGCAACACAUCAAGGAAAAUUGGCACGAGUAUGGGCCUUUCGUGAUGGCCGAAUGGAACAUAUCGGAUCGACAAACUUAUGAAAAUUAUAUGGACAUGGUGGGCACGUUCGCCAGUGAACUCGAAUGCACGGUCGCCACCAAGAUGUAUAACAUGAAUCUGUCGAUCUAUCGCGAGAUCAAAGACAGACCCGAACUUAAACGAGUAUUUCACAAUCAUGUGAGCUCGCAAUACGCUACAGCUAGACUGUUAUUCACCGGUAAUUCGGACAGCGGUCAUUACGACGUGCUAGUUCCUGAUUGACGAACG